CCCACCUGCCCUGAAUGAUGGGUCGCCACUGGGAGAGAUGUAGGGCUACAUUAUUUUGUCUUUGAAAAAUAUUCCACAUGGUGUCACUACGGACCAUGAAUGCUGUUUAAAACCGCUCCACUCCUUAGACUCCGCCUCUCACAUAAUCUCGAAUCUCAUGUGACCAGUAUUUAGGCCUCCUCGGUGAAAUGAAACACGGACGUGGAGCAAACUAGGGUCCUAUUUUUCUCUAACAUCUGUGAAGCUAUAUGUUGCGUCAUAGAUUAUUUGAAUUUUAGGGACUACUGCGUUGUAUUGUUACGUGCUUGAGGAGACAAUGGCUAACUUUACAUCUUACGUCCACUCUUGGAUUUAUUUGUACUUGUUACUCCUGUGUUUUAUAAUGCAAGCGUCCUCCGAACAUAUUUUGUAUUCGAUUUCAGAGGAAGUAAAACAAGGUACGUUUGUUGGCAAUUUGGCUAAGGAUCUGAAUCUGAACGUACAAGAUAUGGAAUCACGAAUGCUUCAGAUCGUUUCUGCGUCAAAGAAGAGUUACUUCGAUGUCAAUCUGAAAACAGGAAUCUUGUUUGUGAACGAGAGAGUUGACCGGGAAGAGAUUUGUCCAAAUGCUCGCUCCUGCGCUUUACAUCUAGAGGCCAUUGUUAACCAUCCCCUCAGCCUGCAUCGGGUGGAGAUAAAUGUUAUGGACAUCAAUGAUAAUUCGCCCACUUUUCCUGUGAAAGAACAGGUCUUUGAUAUAUCUGAGUCCGUGCUUCUAGGUGCUAGGUUCUCAUUGAUGAGUGCUUUGGAUCCCGAUGUUGGAUCAAACGGGGUGAAAACCUACAAACUCAGUCCGAAUGAAUGCUUCUCUUUGGAAGUACAGAGCGGUGGAGAGCAGAGUGUGUCUGCUGAGUUAGUGUUAAAGAAAGCGUUAGACCGAGAGAAACAGGCAGUUGUCAAGCACGUAGUGACUACCGCUGAUGGGGGAAAGCCUGCUCAAUCCGGGACAUUGGAAAUUGUAGUCAAUGUCCUGGAUAUUAAUGACAACAGUCCUGUUUUUAGUAGCCUGCUUUACAAAGUACGUGUGUAUAAAAACGCAGCUCCAGGAACUAAGAUUUUAAAACUGAAUGCGACUGAUCUAUACGAGGGUCCAAAUGGAGAGGUUUUGUAUCUUUUCAGCCGACAUGGUCAGGAAAACAAUCUAGAUACAUUUUCUAUUAAUCCCGUUUCCGGUGACAUCACCGUCAAAGGAGUGAUCGAUUUUGAAGAAACUGCUUUUUAUGAGAUUAGGGCUGAGGCCCGGGACAAAGGCCAAUCAGCAAUGGGCUCUCAUUGUAAAGUGUUGGUUGAAGUAGUUGACGUUAAUGACAACAUACCAGAGAUACGUGUCACGUCAUUGUUACCCACAGUGAGGGAAGACAUUGAAACUGGCACUGCUAUCGCGCUCAUUUUGGUCAUAGAUAAAGAUGGAGGAAACAAUGGUAAAGUAAACUGUAGAUUAAUGGGUGAAUCCCCCUUUAACCUUCAAUCUUCGUAUCGUAAUCACUACUCUGUUGUUCUCAACGGGGCAUUAGACAGAGUGCCUCACAAUACAAUGUUAAAAUUAUAGCAACAGAUGAAGGAACCCCUCCUCUUUCUAGCACAAGCGUUACCACGGUUUAUAUUUCGGAUGUUAAUGAUAACUCACCACGUUUUGCAGGCGGUACCUUUAGUGUGU